AUGAAGAAACUACUCGUUCACUUUGUUACAUUAGUCACCGACUCACGUGUCACGUCGUUCGAAAACAGCGUAUCCGCACGUGACGUAACCACUGUCAUACACAUUUCAGUUUCGCACCGCACGAGGCAGUUUCUGAUGGCGGAUUGGGGCCCUGUGGUGAUCGCUGUGAUCCUGUUCGUGCUUUUGACACCGGGACUUCUCUUUCAGAUUCCGGCGAGAGGUCGAGUGGUCGAGUUCGGGAAUAUGCAGACUAGCGGCGCGUCGAUUCUCGUCCACACCAUCAUUUUCUUCGGUCUUAUCACCAUCUUCACCAUCGCCAUUCGUCUUCACAUCUAUACCGGUUAA